AUGUCUCUCCGCUCGCUGUCCAGUUGUCGACGAGCAGCGGCAAGCGCAGCCUCUGCCUCCAAUCUUGCUUUUCCUGCUCUCUCUCGCUGCUCUGCUCGCUGCUAUGCCACGCCUGUGACUGUCAAUGGCUACACUCAACUGAAACCCACCAUCUUCGGGCAACCUCUUCCUCCUUCGCACCCUCAUAUUGUCAAGCACCAGGAAACCACACCCGGAAUACCACAGAAGGAGUAUGAGAGGCGGAGGAAGGAGCUCAUAGACCGGCUGCCGGACAACAGCCUGGCUGUAUGCGUCGCGGGGCAGAUAAAGUACAUGAGUGGUCAAAUAUUCUACAAGUUUCGGCAGUCGUCUGACUUCUGGUACCUCACUGGUUUCGACGAGCCCGACGCGGCAGUCAUCCUGGAGAAGAUGCCGUCAUCCCCGCGGGGAUACCGUAUGACCAUCUUCUCGGCUGGGACGGACUCUGCGAAAGAGAAGUGGGAUGGUGCGCGCACGUCGCCGGAGGACGUCGUGCGACACUUUGGAGCGGACGAGGCGGAACCGAUUUCCGCUUUCCCCUCUAUACUCAAGAGUCUCGCGGCAAGCGCGUCGCAGGUGUAUCUCGACAUACCUACGUAUACGAAGCGCGCGCGUGCAUCGUCCCCGAGAUCCUUGCUCAAGUACCUAUCUCCUUCUGGUGGUCUCUCGCGAGGGGAGUAUGACAGCCUUGUGGACUCCCUUGUCAGCUCGAAGCGCAAGCCUCUUUCUCCCGAGGUCGGCCGGUUGCGCUCAGUCAAGAGCAAGGUCGAGCAGGACAUCAUGCGACAAGCAGCCGACAUCAGCGCCCGAGCGCACAAUAAAACCAUGCGCUUUACGGAUCCAGGCGUUUCAGAACAUACUGUCGCUGCUCACUUCGAAUAUCUCUGUGCGCGCGAGGGCUCGCAGCGUCCGGCCUAUGUGCCUGUAGUCGCUUCCGGACCUAAUGCUCUUAUAAUUCACUAUACGUCCAACAGUCAACUAAUUGCCGAUGGCGAGAUGGUAUUGAUCGACGCGGGGUGCGAGUACAACGGAUAUGCGUCAGAUAUCACACGUACCUUCCCUGCGAACGGAUCUUUCACGCCCGAACAGGCCACACUAUACAACGCUCUACUCACCGUGCAAAAGCAUCUAAUCACGCUCUGCACGGAGGCGUCGGGGAUGUCGAUAUUGCAGAUUCACCGCGAGUCGAACCACUUGCUGCGGAAAGAGCUUGAGCGCAUCGGGUUCAGCUUCCCUCUUGGGGCGGGUACUUUGGAUACGCUGUACCCUCAUCUUGUUGGGCACCCGGUUGGGAUUGACUUGCACGAAUCAAAUCAAACCGAACGAGAUGCCCCGUUGAAGGCCGGGAUGGUCGUCACCAUCGAACCUGGUGUCUACGUGCCGCCUUACCGGGAGUUCCCGAAGGCAUUCCACAAUAUCGGCAUCCGGAUAGAGGAUGAGGUUCUGGUUGGGAAAGACCACGCUGUGGUACUGAGUGCGAGUGCGCCGAAGGAGAUCGCCGACAUAGAGGGCUCCUGUCAGGGCCUCUUGGGUCUGACCCCGUUCUAGACUUACCUUGCGGUAUAGUAGCACUUAGCCAGGUUUAAUACCACCCCCACUCGGGCUCUUCCGCCG